GCUACAAAGGAAUAGACUCACCGCAAUGUUAAAGUCCUGUUAAAUACGCUUACCAUGUGGAAUUAUAUUGAAAAUUUAUUUUAAAUAACGUAGCGGGUCAUUCCGCAAAUGUAGACAACCCAUUAUAUGUUUGGGUUAGUUAUCUCGCUAGCUAACUAGCUUGCAAGGAAUACCAUCAACUUACCAAACAACGGUAUUAGCGAAGAGAGGAUCUGGCAUUUAAAAACGUAUUUUGCAAGAUACGGGGUCAGCCUUUUUCGUUAUUACUGAACAUGCAGGGUAGUUUCUAGCGAAUGAUGUACAAGGGGCUGCACUCUGGCCCAUCCAGGAAGCAGCUGCGGUCGGCUGGAUCAUGACUGUGUGUGAGGCGGUCCAGCGCUCCCGCCACCAUGCCACAGAGGAAGAGAGUGCUUGCUCCUGUGAGCGGGAGGAGAAGGCCCCGGCCGGAGGAGGACGUGUUCCCUUUCAACUGGCUGCCGGUGGAGUGCCAGCUCCACGUGCUGGCCUUCCUGUCUGAGCUGGACAAAUGCAACGCGGCGCUGGUGUGCGUCAGCUGGAGCCGCCUGGUGCGGUCGGGGAAGCUCUGGAGGGUGGCGGACUUCUCCCGCCGCGGAGCGUCCCACACUGCCCAGGAGGGCCUGCUGGUGUCCAACCGUGAGUUUGAGCGCUGGAAGGCCUGGGUGCACCACUACGUCCACCACCUCAUAUCCCGAGGGGCCAGCCUGUUAACGCUCCGCGCCAGCUUCGACCUGGGGGACCGCUGCAACAAGUGGGGCGAGCUCCUGUCCCACCUGCUGGAGAGCGUCCACUGCAGGGACCUCAGCCAACUGGACCUGAACUGGACCUUCACGCUGCUGGAGCCACUGGACCUGCGGCUGAGCUCUGGCGCUGGCUCCCAUCAGGAGAGCGCCGUCGAGAAGCACCAGGUCAACAACUUCCAGGUCCUGCUGGCCAAGCUGGCCCACAGCUGCCCGCGCAUCACCAAGAUGCGGAUGCACUUCGACUGGUCCGAGACCUCCGUCUCCCUGCUGACACAAUUCCAGCACCUGCGAGUCCUGGAGCUGAAGUACUUUUGGGUUUUCAAGGGCGUGAACCCCAGCACCCUGCACAGCCUGACCAAGGCACUCCCCGGCCUCCGAGCCCUGACCCUCCAUGUCCUGGUGCCGCUGAGGAACCUGGGGGUGUCCUACACCCUGGAGUCGGAGUCCCUAGAGUUCCUGGACGUGUCCCGGAGCCGCGGCCUGGUUUUCUCCAGCCUGCACCUUCCCGCUCUCCGUGAGCUGCGGGCCAAGAAGGCGGUGCGGGGGAUCACUCUCGACCGCCGCACCCGGCUGAGGAUCCAGAGCCGGUGGCCGUGCCUCUACCAGGUCCUCCGGGAGGGGACCCCCAAUCUGCAGGCCCUCAACAACGAGCGACUCCUCCCCAGCUGGAAGGAGCAGAGCUACCAGGAGCUGUCCUCCAUCCUCCAGCAGUCCUGCUACUGCCUCCAGCACUUGGACAGCUGGCUUUGGUGAUCACGGCUGUCCAGGCCAACCAAUCACUGUAGUAAAUCUGACUACAUAAUUAUAACUGAUCAUCGCAACUGAUUGUCCAGUCAGGGUCCAUUUCAGCCACCUCAGAGUAUUUUAUGUCCGUAUC